AUGAAUGUGGCGAAAUUUAGAGCACUGAAUGUCUUGGCCAAUCGGUGCAAAUAUGUUGGGAUAGGCGGGGGGAAGAGUUCUAAUGAAAUUAAAGACUUUUUGUUUGACAUAGGGAUGUUAGUGAGUGACGGGUAUGGUACGAGUGAGACUGGGAAUAUUGCCGAAUUGCAGUCUGGACAAGUGAAAGACGGCGCGGACUUAAAACUGAUUGAUUGUCCAGAGAUGGGGUAUACCACACAAGAUAACCCACCACGAGGAGAGAUUGUAGCUCAUACAAAUGAGAUGAGUGACGGGUAUUAUCACGAUGAAGAGAAGACUAAUGAAGCCUUUGUAACUAUAGAAGGUAAGAAAUACUUUAAGACUGGGGAUAUUGGAAUGAUCAAAGAUGGGAAAGUGUCUAUUAUAGAUAGAAAGGCGUUUAGUAUAAAAACAAGCCAAGGGAUUUUUAUUAUGCCAAGUACCAUCGAGCAAUUUGUGUUACAAAUCAAAGAAGUCAAACAGGCGUUUGUCUUUGGAGAUAUUAAUGUGAGUUUCAUAUGCGCUGUAGUCGUAGUGGACAGAGACGUCGAAACUAAGAAUUUGCUGACGAAAAUACAACACCACAUGGAAGAAAAGAAACUGCACCCAAGCGAAAUACCACAGAAACUUGUUAUUACACACAAAGAGUUCACAUCUUUGAACGGAUUUUUGUUAGUCAUAGGAAAGAUGAAUAGAGCAGAAUUAACUAAACACUACAAACACUAUAUCUUCGAGCCUGAGAGAACUAUUAUAGAAGGAACUACACAAGAAGAAGAGUGUGAGAGUGACUCAUAUACAAUUUCUAAAGAACUUGAAACGAUUUUAAGACUAUUUGUCCCAUCACUGAAGAACGUUAAAAACAUCAAACAAGUCACUAAACAGAGUCUUGCCAAUCUGGGAGCAGACUCUGUGACUAUUGGGCAAAUCACUAAUAGCGUCAAUAAGACGUUUGGACUCAAAUUGAAAAUCAGAGAGGUCUUUGCUGUGCCUUCGAUCUAUUAUUUGCACCUCAUCACACAAGGCAUUUCGACUGUUAUAACAGACGUAAAUUGGGAGGAAGAAGUGACGAAAGCGACGCCACACGAAGUCUUUAUUAAAAAAGCCGAGAAGAAUACAAUCAUGAUAACAGGAGCGAGUGGCUUUGUCGGGAGAUUUGUGUUGCGAAGUGUUUGUGAGAAGACUGAGAGGCGAAUUGUAUGUUUAGUUCGGUCUCAGUCGAAGUUAGUGAAAGUGUUUCAAGAGGCUUGUGGGAGUGAAGACCUUUUCAAUCGACUUUUUAAAAAAAUUGAAGUCGUUGAAGGCGAUCAGACAGCUCCCCUUUUUAAUUUGAAAGAAGAGAAGUACAAUAGUUUACUUGAAGAAGUUAAUGUAGUAAUCAAUACAUGUGGGAGAGCUCAUAUGUAUGAGAGUUAUCAGCACUUAUAUGAUGUCAAUGUUAAAUCAGUGACUACCAUCCUUUCUUUUUGUCAAAAGAAUCAUUCGAGUUUAAUUCACAUUUCGUCUACAAGUGUGCUGCAGAAUUUUAAGAGUGAAGAAACAGUGACUUUACCUUCAAAUUACUUGAACGAGAGUUUCGGGUAUGGACAGUCAAAGUGGGUCGGAGAACAAAUCAUUGCGAGGACGGAAGGAGUGACAAGGACUAUUGUGAGACUUGGACUGGCGGGAUUUGAUCGAGUAAGUGGAAUUAAUAAUGAGCAAGAUUUACUCGCACCUAUUUAUAGAGAAAUAGUUGAGAAGAAAGUUGUGUGCUUUGAUUGGAACGUCUACUUUUCUACGGAAGUUGCAAUCAUUCCAAUUGAUUUUGUGGCGGAUUCUAUUGUUUUAAUACUUGAAAAGAUCGAGAAGGAAGACGGGAGUGUAAGUGUAUACCACGCAGACUGCGAAUGUCUAACACCAUUGAAAAUAUUGUUCGAUGGAAAAGGGUUCAAAACAGUUAACGUGGAAACGAUGAGAGAAACAGUGGCUAGUCUGAGACAGUUCACAGAUCAAUGCAGAAAAGUUCCCAAGUAUAAAGAACUGGUUAAAGAACUACCAAAGUAUACAUCUAAAGACGGAGACACACUCAUUAAUAGAAUUGAAAAAGAAUUGAAAGAGUCAAAAAGUAAAGAAAAUUGA